AUGAAUGCUUUCUUUGAUAGUUACAUGCAUGACAAGACAAACCUUAAAGAGUUUGUUGAUCAGUUCGACAAUACAUUGAAGAAAAAAAUUGAGAACGAAAAUCAAGCUGACUUCAAUUCAUUUAACUUCACCAUUCCUUGCAUAUCACAGUUGGCUCUUGAGAAGAAGUUUCAAGAUGUAUACACAAAUUUAAAAUUUAGGGAGGUUCAACAAGAGAUAAUGGGAAUGAUAUAUUGUCAUUGUCGUUUCGAGAAAAUGGAUGGAGUAAUCGCAACUUACUCGGUCGAUGAUCAAGUUAAGGCUGAAGAUUUCAUCAAGAAGGUUACGUAUACUCUUUACUUUAAUGAGACCGAGUGUGAGGUGAAGUUUGUUUGUGGGUUGUUUGAGAUGCGAGGGAUAAUAUGUAGACAUAUUCUUGCCAUCUUUUUAGCUAAGAAAGUUCAUGAGUUGCCAGAAAAGUACAUAUUGGACCGGUGGAGAAAAGACAUAAAACGUAAGUAUACAUUUAUUUCGAGGAGUUAUGACGUUGUUGAUCAGAGACCUGAAACUGUUAGGUAUAAACGUAUAUUGAAAACUUUCAAUGUGGCAAUAAAAAAUACAGUUUCGUGCGAUGGGCAUACUGAGGAAAUGAUUUCGAAAUUAUAUACAAUGAAUGAGGUAUGGCGCAAUUCGAAGCCCAAGGACAUAGAUUCCAAUGUUAGAGGAAGUACCGUGAAUGCAUCCAUGGAAGGAAGUUCCAAAAAGAGACGUAAAUUGGAUACCGAACUAUUGGAAAGCAGUGGAAACCAACUCGGGAUAUCGGGAAUAAGGAUGCAAGAAAAUGUACAAACUCCCAAAAUGUUGGAUCAAGAAAAUGGACAACAAGAUAUGAUGGAGACACCAGAAUGUGUACAAACUCCAGUGAUAGGGACACAAGAAAGCGUACAAUUACCACUUGAAUUCAUUUUAUUGGUUAAACUCGUUAUUUUUUAUGUGGGUCUUACUUUGACUGCUAUUAUGUUCACAAAUGAAAUUAGAAAUGGAUGGGACACAGCCGGAAAUGACAGAUGGACUACAGCUGGAGACGGCAGAUGGAACGCAGCCAAGUAG